AUGGCAGCACGAGUAGCCUCGCAAGUGCCACCGCGGCAACCCCCACAAUCACAAUCACAACAACACCAACAGGAACCGAAUAUGAGUUUAAUAUAUCAUCAAACCAUCAUCCCAACACAAAAGAUUACUCACUGUGUAGUUGGCACCUUUACUCUUCCAGGGGCGACGGAUUUUGUGGUGGUGCGGCACGAUACACUUGAGCUGUGGACCCUGCAUGUGGAUCAAAACACAGCGGAAUGUGUACAUAGCACUCGUUUAUUUGCAAACAUUUAUCAAAUCGCUGCAGUGCCAACAGUAGCGGCAGCGGGCAUUCAUUCCACAAGCGGUGGUGGUGGUGGUGGUAUUUUAGAUUCACCAUCUAAUGGAGGUAUGAGCAGCAGCGGCAAUAAUAAUAACAAUAAUAUUAAUAACAACAACACUAUUGGUGGUGGUGGGAGUGCGGCCCUGCAACGAUUAGCUGUUACUUCUGAAACGGGAUGUCUUGUUUUACUUCGUUAUGAUUUGGAUGAACGUCCAGCUCCUACACGUCUUAUGCAUGAUCCAACAACAUUGGAGAAUACAGAUCCAUCAGCAGCAACAACAACAACAACAUCAUCGAAAUCAUCAUCUAUGGUGACUUCAUUACGUGGAAAGUUUGUUCGUGUGAGUGAAAUGGCACUUGGUCGUAGUGGGGCACGAUUGACUGUACCAGGAGCGAGAUUGGCAGUGGAUCCACUUGGACGUGCCGUCUUCGCUACGGCGUUAAUGCGACUUAAAGUUCUCAUUCCACUCCGCAAACAUGAUGAUUAUCAUAUGAAACCCAACAGUCUUGGAGAGUUUAACAGUAAAGGUGUAUUGCAAGAUAGUGUGGAUGAUGAUUUACUACUCUCUGGUGGUGUUGGUGCUGGUGGGGAAACAGACGGUAAUGCUGCGGUAAAGCGACGACAAACUGUACGGGAUGUUAUUUCAUUUGGUUCUCCUGUUGAAGCUCAUCGACAGACGAUGAUUUUCUCUCUUUGUGCAUUAGAUGGAGCUACGGAAAAUCCAACCUUUGUAACACUAGAACAGGAAUUACCAGAGGCACGUUCUUCCACAUCAUCCACAGAAGAACAUGGAAAUAAUGGAUCAUCCAAUACAACAACAACAACAACAACAACAACAACAACAUCUGGAGUAGCAGGUGGACGGGCUUUCUUACGUGUUAAUCCAGGAAUAGGACAACCCUCAUCUCAAACGGGAUCUACUUCAUUCACCAAUAACAAUAGCAGUCAACAAUCAAAACAGCUUGUUGUCUAUGCCUUUGUAGCUGGAUUACGACAAGUACAACGUACACACCUUGUCUCUGUACCUGCAACCGCACAUCGUAUCAUUGCAGUACCAGCCGCUCCUUUUGGUCCUGGCGGUGUACUUGUUUGUACAGAUUCUGAAAUUAUUUGGUAUGAUCUAUUACCACAGUUGCAUGGUGGAGGUAUUCUUGGUAAUAGCACCGCCUCUGGGGCUGCUGGUAAUUCUUCUUCCUCCUCUUCUUCUGGUUUAUUACCACCAGGGGUAACACCACUUUCACUUUUCAAGACUGCCGCACCAUUUCCACGCCGUGAUGAUUUUCGUGAACACUUAUAUGAUCCAAUGAUCAUAUCACAUGCAAUGACUUGUGUACGAAAUGAUUUUUUCAUGUUAUUACAAGAUGAUCAAGGUGAUGUGUUUCGAGUUAGUCUUACACUUUUGGAUGUUCAACGCUCCUACGAUGCCCUACGGGUUGUACAGCAACAACAACAACAACAACAAUUUCGUGGAUUUGGUGGUUUACCACCACCACCUAUUACUGUACCUUCACCGUUAAAACUCACAUACUUUGAUACCAUUCCACCCACAACGACAAUGGCACUUUUUCGACGUGGUUUUAUCUUUGCUGCAAGUGAGUCUGCGCAUACACAUGGUUUAUACAAAAUCGUAAAAGACGGUUACCGAGAAGAGAAAGAAUAUAUUCUAUCAAGAAUGCGGAUGGUAGAUCAACGGCAUGGAAGUAAUCGUCAGGAUGAAUAUCUUGUAGAGGAUAAUAAAGGUAUUUCCACUACUGGUGAUACGGCUGUUCCUGCCAUGGUGGAAGAUAAUGGGACUUCUAAAGAUGCAAUGCCACCUCCAUCUAUACUGAGUAAAGGUGGUCCCUCUGUUCUUCUUCCACCUCCUUCAACAUUACAACGUCCAUCAAAACAACAGCCACAUCAUAGUCGUGUGGUACCACUUUUUUUACCUCAUAAGACUCUUCGACAUAUGAUGUUAUUAGAAAGUUAUCCAAACACUCCGGCAAUUACCUCCUUUGUUGCAUCUAUUCCACAUCAACAGGAACAUGUGGAUGAAGAUAGCAAUAAAAAUCAACGACAUCAACAACAACAACAACAACAACAACAACAGCCACAUGUGCAAAUUGACGCAUUGGUGGGCCGUGGUUCUGACAGCGUGUUAUUACAUGCUCGAUACGGUUAUGCAGCUCGGUUAGAAAGUUCAUUUACACUUCCGGCAGUAUUUACUUUUUUAACACCACUGGCCUCCUUAACAGGAAUGCAACAACGGUGGCGUGAGAUGCAGAUGGAAGCCGCAAAGGCUACUAGCGGUAAUAACAAUAGUACUGGACAUCGCUACACAGGGAGGAAGGCACUCCGAUCUUCUGCAGGUGUGUGGGACGACAAACUGCUGCUCUCAACGCGGCAAGGUACCACAGUGCUUUCGCUUACCUUGACCGGGCAGGUAGAACCAGAUACACUCUCUGGAUUUAUUACAUCUGAACACACUAUUUGUGCUGGAUCGCUGCGACACGGGGUGGGGUAUGUACAGAUUACACCAAGUUGUAUCUCGGUACUUCCUUACCGCUCUGUGGCGCAACUGCAACAACAACAACAACAACAACAACAACAACAACAACAACAAAAUAAUGAAGAUGUUGUGGCUUUACCAGUUGCAGAAGGUGUAAACUGGAUGCAUCCACAUGGUAAACGCAUACUUGCUGCUGCUGUAUCAGGUAACACAAUGGUGGUUUCCUUCACUCAAGCAGGUGGUAUUGCCAGUUUCGAUAUGGGUAUGAGUGGAACAAGACUCCAGCAAUUGGAAGCCAUUCCGUCAUUUCCACACGCCCCAGCCAUAUCGUUGUUAAAUGAUCCUAAUAAUGAGACAAGUACAUUUGGUGUAGCGUCACGUGCAGCAUCGCUGUCAUCGCCAACGUCCUCGUUAGCAGCCAUUGCUACAAUUAGUCAGGAAGUAUAUAUUGUAAACCCAAAAAAAUUACGGGAACCACUUGAAACGAUUCGCUGUACUGCAGAGAACAAUAAUUCUAGUGGUACUGUUGAAGCGGGACCUGCUAUUGUAUCUGUACUUUUAACUUAUCUUGGUAGAACAGGUGGUAUGAGACGUCUUUUUUGUUUUAUAGGGCAUAUUGAUGGGACUGUUACGCGUUGCGAACUUGAUACUGCCACUUGUAAAGUGAUGAACAAAGCUGUACUCACAUGUGGGAGUGCGCCAUGUCAGAUGAUUGCAGGUGAUGGGGAACGUGUCUGUUAUGUCCUGUGUGGCGAGUUUAACUGGCGCUGUGAUGUUCGUGAUGGUGUACCCAAAACAGUUCCAUGGCGUUUUCCUUCUCCUCAGGCUAUGUACGCAUCUUUCCGUCGACCACCGCCUUCUCUCACAGUUUCUGCUUCUUCUACGACAACGGAGGUGAAGGUUCCAAGUGGAGCGCAGGAGGAAUUAGUACUUGGUGUUGCUGGUAACACAUUAUCAUUGUUUGCCGCACAACAGAGUGGUGGAACCAGUACGGCGGAAACAUCGCUUGAAUACAGUUUUGGUCAUACUCCCUUGUCUGUGGCGGGUCGUCGUCUCCUGCAGCACCCAACGCGACCGGAGUAUCUGCUGGUUGUUGGGACUGAGCAUCGUGGAUACGGUGUUGCUGCUUUACGACGUGCGGCAUCUGCUGCUGCUGCUGCUGCCGAACAGCAUCAACAUCGACAUCAGGGUGAAGACGCCGCAAGUGCCUUGGAUGAAGAGGGCGGCAACAAGAAGUCAAAUACUACAGUUCCUUCUAGCGGGGGUAUCGCAUUGGACAAGCCUCAACGAUCGUUAAAUUACCCUAACCACUACGUCAGCACGUUGCAGUUGUACAAUAGGCGGACCGAUCGACUUGAUCCACCCGUUUACUUCCAGGAACGCGAAGCCGUAUUAUCUGCUGCAGUUGGCAGUUUUGUGAAAGACUUUGGGCGGGAACCAGUGGUGGUGGUGGGAUGUGCAGAGAACUAUACUCAUGGUAGUGGGUGUGGAGUUGGUGCGUCAUGGACCCAAGGUCGUCUGCGUGCCUUUCGCUUUGUGGUGAGUCACUCAAAUCUCCCAGGAGCACCUGGUGGUAGUUCCCCCACACUGCGGCUUGAGCAACUGCAUGACACCCUCAUCACGGCAUCAGAUAGCAGUAGUAGUGCAGAUGGUACCUCUGAACGUGCAUCACCGCUAAUGGACUACCCAUCCGCACUGCACAUAUGUGUGGAGGUUGGGCUGCUGUUUGUGGGUAUGAGUGCGGAGAGUGGAUUGCAUGUGUACGCAUGGGGCCAGCGACGAUUCCUGCGCAAGCGACGUUUGCCAAAUGUACCUAGUCGUAUCACCUGCAUUGAGACCGUUUUUAUCACCCCGCCUGGUGCCGCAGCAGGUGGUGGUGGGGCCUCAUCUGUGUAUGCAUCAGAUCUUUUCCGCUGUGGUCCAAAUAGUACACUCGCACGAGAACGUCGUCUCCUUAUUGUCUGCGGUACAGUUGACCAAUCAUUGUUUAUCGCCACAGUGCACCCUGGUGGUACUAGUACUAGUACUAGUAGUAGUGGUAGUGGUAGUGGUUCUCUAUCAUUUCUGAUGAUGAUCGCACGUGACAAUGUCCCCCGCAGUGUGACGAGCAUUGCCUGCCUCGACGAGCGCACCUUCGCCGUGGCCGAUCGCUACGGCAGCGUCGCCUUCCUCCGACUCCCGCCCAACACACGUCUGGAUAUUGCUGAGUCGCUCUCGCAGAUGUCAGAGGCGGAGUUGGCAGAGACCAUUCGCUACGCGGCAACACGGCAGGGACUUGACGAGAUCGCCCUCCACCACACCGGCCAACUCGUCACUGCACUACGGGCGCAUGAGUAUGACCCCAGCGCCGGUGCCGACCCUGCACUCGCGCUACGGAUGCUCGUGUACACAACAGCACUUGGCGCAGUGGGGGUCUACACACCCUUCGUGAGGGAGGAAGACGCGGUGCUCGCAGCUGGUCUCCAGCCGCUCAUCGCAGCUCACAUUCACUCCAUCCUGCACGAUGGUGGGAGUGAGCACCCGCCAUUUAUUAACGCCGGGCGAAUGACGGGGGCGAAUGCGAACGUCGCCCACGGCCCAGCGCACCACGUGGUGGAGGGUGACCACGUUCAGAUGCUACUCCGCGCCUCCACCUCGCUCUUCUCAACGGAAGCGAAGACGGAAGUGGAAGCAGAGCUUGCACGGCGUGAACGGGCAGAAGCGGCACAGCGAAGGGUGCUUGGGCUGCCACACCGUACCUGGCCAGCCCUCGCAGAGCUCGUCGCAAAACAGCGUGCACUCGUCACCCUUCCACCAUAA